AUGUCCACAACUGUCGUCAACAAGAUGUCCAUCAGCAGCAUCAUCCACCCCGAACCCCAACACAACAUACAGGCGUGGACCACACCAUUCUGGCCUCGUCUCAGAGACUCCCUCAUCGAAGACCCAGAGCUCUUCAACCACCUCCAUCUAGAGUGCGGAAUUUGUCUCAAUGACAUGUCCAUCUUUCGCCACGACCACACUUUUAGUCCCGAUGAAGGUCUGACCGAUAAGCAGAAAAUGAUGUCCCACCGAGCUUGCAUCUUACCUUGCGGUCACAUGUUUGGACACAAAUGUCUCUACACCAUGAUCGACGAAGCCGUGAAGAAAAUGGAAGAAGGACGAGUCCCAAUAAUAUCUUGUCCAUCUUGCCGGGUCGUCUUCUCACCGCACAGAGACUGUCCUCAUCCCCACUCAGGUAAGUUCAUGCCCACCACCAUGGAGGGCGUUUACAAGAUACCGCCCACAUUCUCAGAGAGCGGUGUUCUAUCGCAUAGUUGCGGUCAGUGUAUAGUCAUCGAGACUAUCUCUGCCGUCGCAAGUCUAGUACCCAUGUUCACACCCCCACUGGAAAUGACAGACAGAGAAACUGUUCUCACGUAUGGGAUUGCGGAUAAUAGCCAUUGGUGGAGUAUAAACCAUCAUGAGAACACUAGGCGCUACGAUGAAGUUGUGCGGGAGAUUCCUAUGGGGGACGGGUUGCUGAGGAUCUGCGAUGAGAUCAAUGAGCGUCUGAGGCAGAAUGCGAAAAAGAGAUGGUACUCUGAGGACUUUUCAGAGAUCAACUUCAAGGUCAAGCUCCAGAGGGAUGAUCGUCCGAGAAUGGAGGAUAUGGAAACUCUCGAUCUUUGGGAAGACGAACCAGUGAACGAUGACUUGGCAUUGAUGCUGGACUAG